AGAAGCCUCCUCUCUUCACACGUGUGUGGUUGAGUCGAGCUGCCAUACCUCUCGUUCACUAACUGUGAUGCUAAUGUCAACCUCUGAAGUAUAAGACGGUCAUUUGAGGAGUAAGAGACCUUUGUGGAUUUGUCACAUGUUGUUGUGUAAUGGCGCCUUUUGACGAGUGGACUAAUGGUUAGGUAUAUAUAGGUAUGUCAUCGUUAUAAAUACUCUCAAUAGCUUGGCUGCAAUGUAACAGACACUGUAAUAAUUGAUCAUUUGUUGACUUGGAUAGGUGAUGCAUUCAGGGUCCAUAUCACUUGUUUAUAUCAGCUACACAUGCUCUACAUAAAACCCACUGCUCAUCUAUUCUUCAUAGUGUUACCAAAACAUUAGACUUUACGGUUCCUGGUGUGGAAGCAGGUCUGGUCAGUUUAUCCCAGGUUUCCUUUCCUAAUGGCAAAGGAAGGAUGCAUCACACAAUUGAACACAACAGGGGACACUUCAACACUACGAAACAGGAAAAUAGUUCCCACUUCAGCAAAGACACUCCAAACCCAGUCAAAGGACAGAGACAGUCAAACAUCUGGACACACAGAAGAUGACACUCAGUCAUCAAAUGGGACAUCUGCCAGAGGAAAUCCCAGUAAGGAUCCCCUGAGCAGUGGAGUGCUGCUGAUGCUGGUGGUGGGGCUGUCUCUCUCUACACGCCUCUACAAGAUAACAGAGCCCCCUCAUGUGUGCUGGGAUGAGACGCACUUUGGAAAGAUGGGGAGCUACUACAUCAACAGGACCUUCUUUUUCGAUGUCCAUCCUCCUCUUGGAAAAAUGCUGAUCGGUCUCGCCGGUUACAUGACUGGUUAUGAUGGCACCUUUCCUUUCAUAAAGCCAGGAGAUAAAUAUGGACACCACAACUACUGGGGAAUGAGAGGAUUUUGUGCCGUGUUGGGCUCCUUUCUCCCAAUCUUUGCCUACCUCACAGUGCUGGAGUUAUCUCAGUCCUACUCUGCCGCUCUCAUCACUGCCACCCUGCUCAUAUUUGACACUGGCUGCAUCACCCUUUCCCAGUACAUCCUGUUAGACCCUAUACUCUUGUUCUUCAUCAUGGCAGCAGUGCUGAGCAUGGUCAAGUUCAACCACCAGAGAUACAGGCCUUUUUCUUCUUCCUGGUGGCUGUGGCUGGUGCUGACUGGUGUGAACCUUUCUGGGGCAUUAGGGGUGAAGUUUGUGGGUCUGUUUGUCAUCCUGCUGGUGGGGCUGAACACAGUCUGGGACCUCUGGAGACUUCUGGGAGACCUGAGCCUCUCACUGGUGGACAUUACAAAGCACCUGCUGGCUCGGGUUUUUGGACUCAUCCUGCUUCCACUCUUCCUCUAUGUUACAAUCUUUGCCAUCCAUUUUGUUGUGUUGAACAAAAGUGGACCGGGAGACGGCUUCUUCAGCUCAGCCUUUCAGUCCCGUCUAAUCGGGAACAAUCUGCACAAUGCAUCCAUGCCUGAGUACCUGGCUUAUGGCUCCACCAUCACAAUAAAAAACCUCCGUAUUGCUGGAGGCUAUUUGCACUCUCAUUGGCACUUAUACCCAGAGGGAGUCGGAGCAAAGCAGCAGCAGGUGACCGCAUACCUCCAUAAGGACUACAACAACUUGUGGCUUGUUAACAGAAAGGAUGAUAAUGAAUCUCAAUCUGGGACACCUGAUCUUGUUCGUCAUGGUGACAUCAUUCGACUGGAGCACAAAGAAACAACCCGUAACCUUCACGGUCACCUCCAUGAGGCUCCUCUGACCAAGAAACACUUCCAGGUUACAGGCUAUGGCACUAAUGGCACAGGUGACAGCAAUGACCUGUGGCAGGUGGAGGUGUGUGGAGGCCGGAAGGGUGACCUGGUGAAGGUGCUGCGUAGCAAAGUCCGCUUUCUGCACCGAGCUACCGGUUGUGUGCUUUUCUCGUCUGGCAAGACUCUCCCAAAGUGGGGCUGGGAACAGGUGGAGGUGACAUGUAGUCCCUACUUGAAGGAGACUCCAAGCUCUCAGUGGAACAUUGAAGAUCAUAUCAACCCCAAAUUGCCCAACAUCAGUUUGUCCGUGCUGAAGCCCCAUUUUCUGGAGAUCUUACUGGAGUCCCACAUUGUUAUGUUAAGAGGUAACAGUGGCUUGAAACCCAAAGACCAUGAGAUGAACUCUAAACCCUGGCAUUGGCCCAUCAACUAUCAGGGCUUGAGGUUUUCUGGAGUGAAUGACACAGAGUAUCGUGUUUACCUGCUGGGGAACCCUGUGGUCUGGUGGAUAAACGUGGCCAGUUUGGGAUUGUAUCCUAUCAUGGUGGCGGUGGCGUCCAUAGCUAUCCAAAGAGGUUUCUCAAUUGGCCAAAAAAGAAUAGAGCAUUCUCGUGUGCUUACGAGAGAAGGAGGACUGCUGCUCCUUGGUUGGCUGCUGCACUAUGCACCUUUCUACAUAAUGGGUCGUGUCCUCUACUACCACCACUACUUCUCUGCAAUGCUCUUCAGCAGCAUGCUAACAGGAAUUACAAUCGACAUUCUGUUGAAAAGCACUGACCUGCUACUCCACCCACCUUAUUCUGAUUGGCUGCAGAGACUCGGGCAGAUGGUACUUCUGGUUAGUGUUCUUUACAGUUUCUACCUGUUCCAUCCCCUCUCCUACGGCAUGACGGGUCCUCUGGCACACGAGCCGGGCAGCGCCAUGGCCGGCCUGAAGUGGAUGGACUCCUGGGAUUUUUAGUCAGCUUUGCCUGAGGACGAGAAUAAUAUUUUGAUGAAACCCUGUUCUGAAUAUAAGGGACUCAAAUAAAUCAUGUGUCUCACAGACUUAUGAUUUUCCAGUGUUUACAGAAAAAGACAAUUUACAUAAGGUACAUAAGGUACUGACUGCACAAACUGCUGUUGAAUCUCAACCUGUCCACGUAUUUAUGUGUCUCAACAUUUUCAAGUUUUGUAGUCUAUAAUGUGUAGAGAGUGCUUCAUGAAACAGACCUGAAUUAGUGCAAUAUGGAAGCCAGAGUGUUGUUAAGUAUUAAAGAGUAAAGUUCUAAACACUUUACAUCACCCAGCUGCUUAAACUCACCACACAUCUUACAAAUCUCUGACUUAUAUGUGAAUAUGUGUUUACUGUUUGUCACAAUUCUUUAAGCUAAAGUGCCUGAAAGGGAGUAAUGAAAGAAAUCUGGUUAAGUUCAAAUGUUGUAUCUCCAUGUUGGUCAGUUUUAAAGAAAAACACUUUUUGUUUCAUAUUUAUAGGCUAUCAGAAACUGUAUUUUCAUUUGGGAUUGUCUUGGUGCUUUUAUAUUGUAUUUAGCCACUGGUGCUGUCCAGUACUGGCCUCUGUGUUUACAUCAUAAGACUACUACUGACUCUAAGUGUCAUGUACA